UCGCUGCUGCUCGUUUACGGAAGCGCGCUCGCGGACGCCUCCUUUAAUUUGAAGGACACGGGGGGAAACGCGCACAGGACACGGGUGUGCGUGGAGUUGCUGCCGCUUCGCAGGAGCAGGUGUGUGUGGACGCGUUUAUGUGUGUGUGGACGUGUUUCUGAGAGAUGUAGCCCGCCUCGACAGCAAACCGUCGCCAGCGUCGCUCUUUAAACCCACCUGCUCCUCUUUUCUGUCAUCCCCCCUCUUAGCAAGGGAGCGAGGAAGGAAGGAAAGGAAGGAAGGAAGGAAGGAAAGAAGGAAGGGAGGAAGGAAGGGAGGGAGGGAGGAAAGCGCUGGGAUGCCGAUGGUAUCAGCAGUGAGGCGACUGGAAAAGGAGAAGUUCAGCGUGUUUUUAGUUAAAGAUUGACACACACACACACAUCUUCCACCCGCCGAGGAUCCACACUGACCGACCUCCAGGACAGCUGCAGACCAGGUUCAGCCAGCAUCCAUCAAACCAACCAAAACAGAAAUCCAAAAUGGACCAAGGUAAUCAGAGCCAAUGUCAGACACAAGACAACCCAAAUGGAGCAGCAGAAGCUUCUACAACAGCUCCAGCUCCAGUGUCAAACAAAACGGCUCCAGCUCCAGUGUCAAAUACAAUGGCUCCAUCCGCAGAUCCCUCUGCUGGUGAGCCUCUUGUUCCCGUCAGGCCUCGACGUCCUCAGAGAAGUGCCAGGGUGGAGGGCUCUGUUGACAUCUCUGAACCUAAAGCUGAGACAAAAGCUGAAUCCACUCCGGUGACGAACCAGGCUGAGAGCUCUCCUGAUGGUGCAGCGGUGAGUCAUCCCAAACCGUCUCGCCCUGCGCCAGCCAAACCCUUAGGAGAGCGCGUUGGUCCUAAAGGUCCAGGACAUCACCCGGUUAGAGCUGUCUCAGUCCCCCAACCACCUGCCAGCAGACCAGUGCCUCCUCACCUGAACCCUCAUGCACAAAGAGCCUUCUCUGUAGCAGGAACUGCUGACACUCAGGCCCAGACUGUGGAAGACUUCAGGGUGCACAUCAUUACCUGGAACGUGGGUUCGGCCACGCCUCCUGAUGACAUCACUGCCUUGCUGGGUCUGAAUGUGGGUGAUGGAAACACAGACAUGUACAUAAUUGGGCUGCAGGAAGUGAACUCUAUGAUUAACAAAAGGCUGAAAGAUGUCCUCUUCACAGACCAGUGGAGCGAGGUCUGCAUGGACAGACUCAGCCCCUUCGGUUAUGUGCUGGUGACCUCCCAGCGGAUGCAAGGAUUGUUGCUGUUGGUCUUUGCCAAGUACUUCCAUCUGCCCUUCCUCCGCGGAGUCCAGACUGAGACCACCCGCACUGGCCUGGGGGGAUACUGGGGGAAUAAAGGUGGGGUGAGUGCACGCAUGUCUGUGUUCGGUCACACCAUCUGCUUCCUGAACUGCCACUUGCCGGCUCACAUGGAGAACUCAGACCAGCGGAUGGAGGACUUUGAGAGUAUCUUGCAGCAGCAGCAGUUUGAGGGUCAGGCUUCCACUGGGGUUCUUGACCAUGAUUUGGUGUUCUGGUUCGGGGAUCUCAAUUUCCGUAUUGAUGACCUGGAAAUGCAAGCAGUAAAGUCGGCCAUUGAUAACAACAAGUUUUCCACACUGUGGGAAAAUGACCAGCUGAACAUGGCCAAAGACAGUGAGACGGUGUUGGAUGGAUUCCAUGAGGGGCCGCUGAAAUUCCCUCCUACCUACAAGUUUGAUGUUGGAACAAAUACCUACGACACAAGUGCAAAGAAGCGUAAACCGGCUUGGACUGAUCGGAUUCUGUGGCGCCUGAGAGCCACUGCACAAGCCAUUGCCACAGUUGGCGGAGGGAAGCGUGACUCCAUGUCAGGGUUGACCAGUGGGACCACAGUGACGCAGCAUUGCUACAGAAGUCACAUGGAGUACACCGUUAGCGACCACAAAACAGUCUAUUCCAUCUUUACCCUGCAGUUUCCUUAUAAGGUGGAUAUUCCCUUGGUCACAAUCAUAGUGGAGGAUGAGUGGAACAGCAUUGCUGAUGCCAAAGCAAAUUUCAAACUGGCUCCCAACUACUUGCGCAGCUCCUGGGACUGGAUUGGACUGUACAAGGUGGGAUUUAAACACCACAAGGACUAUGUGGGAUAUGUGUGGGCCAAGCAAGAGGAGGCUGAUUUUCUUCGACAGGAACAGGAGGUAACCUUUACUGAGGAGGAAUUGCCCAAAAGCUCAGGGGACUUUAUCUUGGGUUACUAUAGCAACAACAUGAACACCAUUGUGGGUGUAACAGAGCCAUUUCAGAUCCAGCUUCCCAAUGCAGGCCUAGAGGAAAGUUCUUCAGACAGCUCUGAGUUCAGCUCAGAAGACGACAGCACUGUUGUCCGCACGAAGACGAGGUCCCGCAGUCCCAGCGGCAAACACCACCGCCGCCACGCUGACUCCCACAGCCACAGCCGCUCUGGCAGUCCUGCGCAGGUGAAAGAGAAAGAGCCCAGUGUCACUGAUGGUCCUCAAGCUGAGAGUAAGUCUGCAGGUCACCCAGCAGAGGGCAGCAGCAGUCAGGCGUCUGCUCCGGUGGAGAAAAACACAAACACAGAGGACUCAGGAGAGUGAAGCUGUGUUUUAGUCCAGCUGUUAUCACAUGAUCACAUGAUACAUUUCUGAUGCUUUCCUUUUCAGGAACAUCCAUCUGUCUUGUCCAGAACUUUUGUCUGGAGUUGUUUUUCAUUAAGCUGUGCAUUAUAUUGUAUGUGUGUUUUCAUUUCAUUUGUAAACAUUUCACUUGGUCUUUGUGUUUCUUCUAUCUUUCUAUGUUCUCAGGUGUGGAUAGUACAGGGAGCUGACAACGUGCAUUAGGAAAUACUCAAUUGCAGUUACAGUCAUUUUUUUUUAGAAACCAUCAUCUCUUCAUUCAAACAGAAGUUUGAAAUCUGCACUUACCCAGCAGUCAUGUCAGCAGACUGCAUACAAGCAAAAUGCUUUUAAAACAUGACACAGACAGUUCCCACAUCAGUGAGUUUACUUCAGCUGAGGAACAUUGUGUAUCUUUUUUUAACCAAUCUGCUCAGACCAAAAGGACCAUAGAGGAAAAAGGAAAAAUACCUUUUAUUCCAAAACAUAGUUUGAAGAGGAUCACUAGCUCUGACAAAUAUCACUCACAUUUCUUCGUCUUCCUGCAAAAGGAUUUAGCAGAUUUAGCCUUUUUGUUAUAUGUUUAGAAAUCUAACAUUAAGUAACUUGCGGGGAGUGGUUCACAUGUUCACCUUGCCUGGGAUUUGUAUAAGCAGAACAGAGCCAACAGAGGUGGGGCCUGGAGUUUGGGGGCUUGGCCACCAGCAGCAAAUCACAUGUCAGUAAGAAGAGAACAAAUCUGAGCAUGUUUAAGUCCACUGCCAAGUAAGUGCAGUGGAAUGCGAUUGGUGUGUGUGUGCGUGUGAGGCGUCAUGUCAGCUGACAUCAACAUAACUGCUGUGUCAGAAAUAGUUGAUAAACGAUUGGUCUCUAACCCUGCUGAGAAAGCUGCAGUGAUCACAAAAGCAGUAUUUAUCCCCAAGGUUUAUUGCUUUUAUGCUUUACACCCUUCAGUGAGUUAUUGGGCCUUAAUUUAAUGAUUAAAUUUAAAGCGCAGACAACACCAAAAUCCCCAUUUGUAAUAUGCAUUAUAAUGUUUUUCAUCUCUGAUAAAUGUGAGCAUAAACUCUACCAUGUAGAGUCACUACAGGGCUUUGCAUCAUACUGCCAGUAUGAUGCAAAACUAACAUGUUCCACUGUCGUGAAAUAUCACAGAAUUAAAGUGAUAUUUCACAUAUAUGAAAUGGUCCUAUUUACUACAUUUUGAUAUGGUUUUGACUUUUCCGUUCACUGUGUUUGUUUGUUUGUUUUUUUUCUCUCACUCUGAUUGUCCUCUAUGGAUCCUGGUGAUUUAGCUGACAGCAAAAAGUAGUCCCAGUAGUUGUGUUGCAGUAUUACUGUGUGACCUCGUACGCUGUCUUUUUUGGGCUGUUGGCGUAGUACAGUACUGUUGUAGCUGUAACCUCAGUGUGUGUGUGUUGGAUGGUGGAUGGACGUGUGUGUAGUUAGUGUUGGCAUUGAAUGGAGUGCGACUGUGUCUGCAUGGUGUGCUGCUGGACAUACUGUACAUUCCGGUACUGUGAUUUUUGUGCCGUCAAGUGCUGUUUUUGACUUUGUUUAAGUCAUGGCUGUGACAAUUGUGUGACAAAAAAAACAAAAAACAAGUUGAUCAAACAAACAUCGGUGUAACUGUUAGGUGAAUAAAAUGUAGGAUGGUUAUGCUUGCAUUAUGCUUGCAUACAUUUACAACUGUUGUUCCCUCUAUUAAUGUAUUUUUCAUGAUUUUAAGAGUGGGCAUAAAUCUACUGUACUUGUUUGGAGUAACAUUUGAAAAAAAAAAAGAUUGUAUGAACUUUCACUCUACAUAAUUUUAGAUAUAUAUCUGUAUAACCGGUUCUGUAGCCCUGAACAGUGAUUAUCUAUUGUGUAAUGUUUGUGAAAGAUAUAGCUCUAUUUACAGAAUAUUAUUACUAUUACGUGAUGAUGUGGCUAGAAAAAGAGGAAAGACAAAUGUGAAGUAUUGUAGAAAAACCCUGAAUAGGAGACAAUCUGUAUGCCAUAAAGUUUAUUUUUACUUAAA